GCCUGCGCACUGGGAGCGCUCAUUGUGCCCCGCAGCUGCCGAACCGCCCGUCAGCCCGCCCGCCCGCCCGCCGCCCGCUCGGUGCGUUGGUCUGCGAGAGGCCGGGCGGUGGGUGCGGAGCCUGCGGCCGUCCCCGCGGCCUCCUCCUCCUCCUCCCCGUUCCCUCCUCUCCCCCCCCGACCCUCGCACUCCUUUCCCCGUUCCGGCUCCGUCACCCUCCCGCCCCUCACACUCAGGACGAGAAUGCCCUGCCCGGAACAGCCCAGCAGCGCCUAGAUGGCUUUGGUCACGGUCCAGCGAUCGCCGACCCCCAGCACCACCUCCAGCCCCUGCGCCUCGGGUGGAAGAAUCAAAGUGAGUGUGGCACCAAAGACUAAACAAAGAGGGAGUUUUCAAGAGGAAGUUGGAACAAGUUGUCUUGGAGAGGUCAGCAGAGAGCUCUCAUUUGGAAGACAGUGAAUCAGCAGCAUUACUUUGCUGUGAAUGUGAAGAAUCAGAAAUCUUUAGUGAUUCCAAUGAAGAGGGACAAAUAUAGGAGGCAGACAGUGGAGAGGAGGAAUGCCGAUCACAGCCCAGGAGCUCACUUUCUCUCAGGCUCCACCCCUCACUUUAGAGAACUUGUUGACGACAGCGUUACUUUUUCAAGUCUUGCACAAAGGCAGAUGUCUCUGAAAUGCAGCUUACGCAAAACAUCUGUGCGCUUGACUCUGUUCCCACGCAUCAGCGAGAGCUUUCUCACUGUCAAAGGUGCUGCCCUUUUUCUACCACGGGGAAAUGGCUCAUCCACACCAAGAAUCAGCCACAGACGCAACAAGCAUGCAGGUGAUCUCCAACAGCACCUCCAAGCAAUGUUCAUAUUACUCCGCCCAGAAGACAACAUCAGGCUGGCUGUAAGACUAGAAAGUACUUACCAGAAUCGAACACGUUAUAUGGUAGUGGUUUCAACCAACGGUAGACAAGACACUGAAGAAAGCAUCGUUCUAGGAAUGGAUUUCUCCUCUAAUGACAGUAGCACUUGUACCAUGGGCUUAGUCCUGCCUCUCUGGAGUGACACCCUAAUUCAUUUGGAUGGUGAUGGAGGGUUCAGCGUAUCAACAGAUAACAGAAUUCACAUAUUCAAACCUGUAUCUGUGCAGGCAAUGUGGUCUGCACUCCAGAGUUUACACAAGGCUUGUGAAGUGGCCAGAAUGCAUAACUACUACCCAGGCAGCCUGUUUCUCACCUGGGUGAGUUAUUAUGAGAGCCAUAUCAACUCAGAUCAAUCAUCAGUCAAUGAAUGGAAUGCCAUGCAAGAUGUACAGUCCCACCGGCCUGACUCUCCAGCUCUCUUCACUGACAUACCAACUGAACGUGAGCGAACAGAAAGACUAAUUAAAACCAAAUUAAGGGAGAUUAUGAUGCAGAAGGAUUUAGAGAAUAUCACAUCCAAAGAGUAUAAUAUGUCAUCUUUGUUUCAGAUACGAACUGAGUUGGAAAUGCAAAUGGUUUGCAACCUGAGAGAAUUCAAGGAAUAUAUAGAUAAUGAAAUGAUAGUGAUUCUUGGUCAGAUGGACAGUCCGACACAGAUAUUUGAGCACGUGUUCUUGGGCUCCGAAUGGAAUGCCUCUAACUUAGAGGAUUUACAGAACCGAGGGGUGCGAUAUAUUUUGAAUGUCACUCGAGAAAUAGAUAACUUCUUCCCAGGAGUCUUCGAAUAUCAUAACAUUCGGGUAUAUGAUGAAGAGGCAACAGAUCUCCUGGCUUACUGGAAUGACACUUACAAAUUCAUCUCUAAAGCAAAGAAACAUGGAUCUAAAUGCCUUGUGCACUGCAAAAUGGGGGUGAGUCGCUCAGCCUCCACUGUGAUUGCCUAUGCAAUGAAGGAAUAUGGCUGGAAUCUGGACCGAGCCUAUGACUAUGUGAAGGAAAGACGAACAGUGACUAAGCCCAACCCCAGCUUCAUGAGACAACUGGAAGAGUACCAGGGGAUCUUGCUGGCAAGCAAACAGCGGCAUAACAAGCUCUGGAGAUCUCAUUCAGAUAGCGACCUCUCAGACCACCAUGAACCCAUCUGCAAGCCAGGGCUAGAACUCAACAAGAAGGAGAUCACCACCUCAGCAGACCAGAUUGCUGAAGUGAAGACCAUGGAAGGUCACCCGUCCAUACCUCCUGUCUUUGUGGAACAUGUUGUCCCACAAGAUGAAAAUCAGAAAGGCCUGCGUACCAAAGAAAGAGUGAUUUGCUUGGAGUUUACUUCUAGGGAAUUUCAUGCCGGACAGAUUGAAGAUGAAUUAAACCUAAAUGACAUCAAUGGAUGUACAUCAGGGUGUUGUCUCAAUGAAUCAAAAUUCCCUCUUGACAACUGCCAUGCAUCCAAAGCCUUAAUCCAACCUGGACAGGCCCCAGAAAUGCCCAACCAGUUCCCAGACUUCACAGUGGAAGAUCUGGAGACAGAUGCACUGAAAGCAGACAUGAACGUCCACUUACUGCCAAUGGAAGAAUUGACAUCUCGCCUGAAAGACCUUCCCAUGUCCCCUGACCCUGAGUCACCCAGCCCCCAGCCCAGCUGCCAGGCUGACGUCUCAGAUUUCAGUACGGAUCGUAUUGAUUUUUUUAGUGCUCUGGAGAAGUUUGUAGAGCUUUCUCAAGAAACGCGGUCACGAUCUUUUUCCCACUCAAGGAUGGAGGAACUGGGUGGAGGAAGGAGUGAAAGCUGUCGACUGUCAGUGGUAGAAAUAGCCCCUUCUGAAGUGACAGCUGAGGACCAGAGAAGCAGCUCCUUGAGUAACACUCCCCAUGCAUCCGAAGAAUCUUCAAUAGAUGAGGAACAGUCAAAGGCAAUGUCAGAACUGGUCAGCCCAGACAUUUUCAUGCAAUCUCACUCAGAAAAUGCAAUUUCAGUCAAAGAAAUUGUAACUGAGAUUGAAUCUAUCAGUCAAGGAAUUGGACAGAUUCAACUAAAAGGAGACAUUUUAUCCAACCCAUGCCAUACACCAAAGAAGAACACCAUCUAUGAGAUGCCCCUUGAGAGGGCCCAGGCCCCGGACAACAAACCUGGGAAUCUGGAGCCGAAUGAGGGUUCCUGCUCAGCCCAGCCUGAACUAGCCAAAGACUCAGGGAAGUGGGACCCAGAAGGCUGCCUAACUGUACCCUCAUCCGCCACAGACUUGGAAGAAGAGGAACCAGCUGAGGGGGAACAAGAGCUCUGGGGCCCAGGGGUACACCCAGGUGCCAAGUGGUGCCCUGGCUCUGUAAGACGAGCCACCUUGGAGUUUGAGGAGCGCUUGCGGCAGGAGCAAGAGCACCAUGGUGCCACUCCUGCUUGUACCUCACUGUCCACUCGCAAGAAUUCCAAGAAUGAUUCCUCUGUGGCAGACCCGGCACCGAAAGGGAAGAGCGAGGAAGCCACCCUAGAACAUCCGUUUGUCCCCAGGGAACCAGAGAUGAGCAAGAGCAAAGGGAAACCCGGUGGAUCUGAGGCCGGCUCCCUACUGCCUUGUGAGCAAGGUGUCACUGUUCCAGCACCCAAGCCGCUGGAUUUCUGCCCCUCUCAGGCUCCUCAGGAGUGCCCGGAGUCAGAGCCUAGAACCAAACGGCAAGGAGUCCUGAAGGAGCAGAGGACUGUGGUUUCAUGCCAGGAAUCUGAAAGACAGGGAGUCCCUUUUCCCAAGAAGAUAGAAAUCAUUGAGUACACCCACACAGUCACAUGCCCCAGUCACACUGGGCCAGGGGGCGAAGUAGCCACCAAUGACGAGAGUGGGGAGCCAGGCCUGAGGAAAAUGAAAGUGGAGAAGUCCAUCACUGUGCUCUGUGCACUGGAUGAAAAUCUGAACAGGACGCUGGGUCCCGAGCAGGUUUCCCUCCACCCCAAAGUGCUACCUCUGCCGUCUCCUUCCUCUCCUGAGCACAGCAGGCCCACCGACCCGCCCUCCACCCCGAGCAGCCCUGAGGACAGGGGCAGCAGCCCCACAACAGCCCUGGGCACAGCAGCGCCUUUUGUCAGCCACACUACCCACUUACCAUCUGCCAACUUGGAUUAUCUGCACCCCCAGACCGUGGUUCACCUGGAAGGCUUCACAGAGCAGAGCAGCACCACAGACAGUGAGCCCUGUGCAGAGCCAGGGCGCUGGGAAGAAAGUCAGGAAGGCCCCCUGUCCAGCAGCGGCAAUGAAGUGUCACAUAGGGGCCCCCAGUUAACUAGUGAAGACUUAAGUUUAAUCAGCACAUUUAGUGACAGCAUUGGGAAGUUACAAGAAAAACUGGACCCAUCACCUGUAGCUCAUAAACCCCCUCAUAGCUCCAGUAGCGACAACAUAAAGGAUCUCAGCCACAGCUCCCGUGUGGUGAAGGCGCACGCUAAAGAAACUGAGUCCCAAGUGAUUUACCAGAUAGGGCUCAGCAAACCGUCCCAAAUGAGGCGUUCAGCUUCCCUCACCAAGUUAGGUUACUUGGACCUGUGUAAAGACUGUUUACUGGAAAGGGAGCCUGUCUCCUCUGAGUCCCUUCAUCUCAAACUUCUUCAGCCCUUCCUCAGAACAGACUCAGGCAUGCAUGCCAUGGAGGCCCGGGAACCCCCCGGAAACUCAGAUGCCCCCCAGAACCCAGAGCCCACCAAGUAUUUUAUAGAGCAACUUAAAACAACAGAGUGUAUCGUGCAGAGCAAGCCAGUGGAGAGGCCCCUGGUACAGUAUGCCAAAGAGUUUGGGUGCAGUCAGCAGUGCUUGCUCCCCAAGGCAGGACCUGAAUGGACUAGCUGUGAAGGAGGCCCUCCUUUGCUGCAGACCCUGGGGCUGCAGCGCGCAGGCCCAGCUCCGGGGCUGGCUUUGGCUCCCCAUCAACAGCACCACAGAACUCACCCCCUUAGGAGACUGAAAAAAGCAAGUGAUAAAAAACGGACAACCAACCCUUUCUAUAAUACCAUGUGAUUCUGAGCCUACAAUGUGACUUUCUAAAAGAAAUGUUUGUAAAAGGGGCAGGUGUAAUAUGUAAGGAACAUGCACUUUAUCGGUUAAUUUUAUAACAUUUUGGUCAUUUUACUGUUCCUGGCACAUGCAGAGUCUGGGGUUUUCUCCCUCUGUGUAUGUGUGAGAGAGGGAUUGAUUUGGACAUCAAGACCAUUUUAUCAUUUUUAUUUUUAGAAAAUUCAAACCUCAAAAUAUACUCAUUUUCAAAGAACACCUUUAUCAAAGGCAAAUUGCUGUUUUUCAAUCAACUGCCACCUUCUCCUCGUUUUGCCCUCUGAGAAAAGGCAUGCAUGCUUGAUUGAGGAUGGAAGCAGAUGGGGAGGGUGGGAGUGAAGCCGGAAAUUGAAAAUGCUGCCCCUGGGCCAGCUUGAGGAGGGUUUGUUCUCCGGGCCUGAUGCUUCAGGCGGGCUGAAGGGCAGUGGAGCGUCAGGGGACAUCAGCAUGCUCUCUCAGCCUGUCCCCAGCCCCAGCCCUUUGGAGUUUCUGAAGUGGGCAGGUUCUGCUGUUUUCAAAGGGGGUCUUGCAGAAUCCAUUCUUCUGGUGUUCCAGAGUGGAUCGUUGCAGAAAGGCAUCAUAAUGGCUGGUGUUAUAAACUUGUUAGUAAAUCAGUUUGUUUGUUUUUACUAAAAGUUAACCCCAACUGAAAUCCAAGAGGUCCCUCUGUUGAGAAAAGCAUAAGAAGGAAGUGAAAUGGGAAACUGAGACACAACAGGGACAAGUUUGAAAAAUAGCAAUUGAAAGUCAAUGUGUUCUUAUAAAAUGAAUACAUACAUAGGGUUUUAACCCUUCCAUUACUUGAAUAAUUCUGUGGGCCUCUGAGUUUAAUGGCCAUAUUUUUUCCAAUUUAUUUUCCUCCCUCAUGCUGUUUCUCCCAGUGCUGCCUGUUUUUUAUUUCAUAGAUGACAUUUGAAUUGUUACAUUACUUUUGUAUAACCUCAAUUGAAUGCAAAGUUUUCUUUUUGAUAUUAUCGCUGUUAACACUUGACAUAAGGUUUUUUCCUCCCUUUUCCUGGGAGAUUUGUCAUUUCUCUAGUUUUUACAGUAUUUAUGUACAUAAUGUCACAUUCUUACAGUGUUUUAUUGUUGAUGUCACAGGAUCUUUUUGAUUUAUUUUUUUUAAGGAGUUAUACUGCAACUGGAAAAAGACAAGAGAAAUAAAACUGAUGGGUGUUGUAGGAAUCUGUA